AUGACGAUCCGCGCCGUCCUCAUCGUCAACAACCACGGCAAGCCGCGCCUCACCAAGUUCUACUCGCAGCUCCCCUCGGCGCGCCAGCAGGCCCUCAUCCGCCUCAUCUACCGCCUCGUCUCCAAGCGCCCCGACGGCGUGUGCAACUUCCUCGACGCCCCCGAACUCACACCGCUACUACCACCCCCUAGCGACGCCGUAUCCUUUUCCAGCACCUCCCGCACCGCCCCAAGCAGCGGCAGCGGCAGCGGCAGCGGCAGCGGCACCAACACCGCCAACGCCGCAAGACGGUCAACGAGAGGCGAGACCUCGGACCGCUCCAACCAGGACGAGCUCAGGGUCAUCUACCGCCACUAUGCCACCCUCUACUUUGUCUUUGUCGUCGAUCAGAGCGAGAGCGAGCUUGGUAUCCUUGACCUCAUCCAGGUCUUUGUCGAAUCCCUCGACCGCUGCUUUGAAAACGUGUGCGAGCUCGACCUCAUCUUCCACUUUGACGAGGUCCAUGCCAUCCUGUGCGAGCUGAUACAGGGAGGCCUCGUGGUCGAGACCAACAUCAACGAAAUUGUUUCGGCAGCACAAACCACAUCGCGCGCGCGCAAGACGUCGGCGGCAACCACACCGGGCGGCGGCGGUCUGGCCUCGUUCGUCCCAUCAGCCACGUCCAACCUCUCCUCGCUCACCCCUUCCUCGCUCAACCUCGGUUUCCCCGGUUCUCCAGGGUGGGGCAAUGGAGGGUCAUCGAGCAGCAGCAGCGGCAGUGGAGGCGGCGGAGGGGGAGGGGGCAUCGCCUGGCCAAAGGGGACCUUUAUGGUCGAUGCGCUCGCCAACCUCGGCAGUCAGUACCUUGGUGGUGGAUCCAGAGGCAGAGGUCGGUACGGCAGAUGA